AUGUCGAGACGUGGGAUCAAUGAUGACAAUUGGAGGGAUUGGGAAAGGAUAAACCACGAUAUAUUGGCACUCAUCUUCAAGAAGAUCCCAUCAGAUGAGAUGGCACGCACAAUAUCUUUCGUUUGCAAAAGUUGGCAGGAGGCAGUGGCGGGGCCAUGUUGCUGGACAGAGAUUAACAUUGAAGAAUGGUGCCGGCGUGUUAACCAUCCCGAUGUCAUCAACGCCGUUGUGCGAAAGCUUGUAUGUCGAAGCCGUUACACGCUCCGGCGACUUUCUGCAUAUCGCAUCCAAAAUGGGGGAUUCUCGCUCACAGCCUCUUUUGGAAUUAACCUUAACGUGCUAGAAAUUCCAAUGAGCGAGGUAAAUGAUUCAGCAAUACAGAAAUAUUCUGGAUCCCUAACAUCUCUAACAACUUUAGACAUCAGCUACUGCGACUACAUCACCUACAAAGGAAUCAAAAUAUUGGGAAAUAAUUGCACGUCUCUUAUAAGCCUGAAGAGAAACCUGACUCCUGCUGAGUUCGAAUCAACCCAAAAUAAUGAAGCGGCAACUAAAGUUAAUGAAAAAGAAGCAUUAGCUAUAGCCAAUACGAUGUUCGGGCUUGAGCAACUCGAGUUAUCCUAUGGUCGCUUUAGUGACUAUGGGUUAGAUGCUAUUCUUAGCAACUGCAAAGCAUUAUCUUUUCUCAACCUAAAUGGGUGCCAGUACGUGAAGCUUAUGGGUGAUGUUGGCUCAAAGUUCUAUGCACUCAAAUCUUACAUAGAUCCUUUUUUAGAUUUUUCUGAUUCUUUUUCAUCCAAUGACAAUGAUGACGAUGAUAAUGAUGAUGUUGAUGAUGAUAAUGAUGAUAAUAACGAAGAGCAUGAUUAA